AGCUCCAAAUAUGUGUCAGCUCUAAGUUGUGACUGACAGGUAAUUAGCCUAAUUAGCUACUUGCAAGGGAAGCUAGCUCACCUGACGACCUGUGUGUGUGUGCUGAACUAUUACAUAAACGUUUACAUUAUUCAAUUCAAUAUUCAAAGACAGGAUAUAUUCAGCAGACAUUUCAGCAUCUCAACACACAAGAAAAAGGGAGCUAGUAAACAGGAAUGAGUGCGAGACGGGACGCAACAUGGCGGAUCAGUUGGCUGGAAGCUGGACACCAGUGCGACAGAAAGUCAGGAGAGAAGAUGGAGAACAACAUGGCCCCUGUGCAUCACUUGAAUGAUUAAUCCUUUUGAGACCAGGUAUGAAACGUCCGUUCAGCCCAUCGCCUCUGCCGAGCGCCGAGCUGGACAGGAGAGGGUUCGGCGGCGUUCUGGGGGUGCAGAUGGACGUCGAGCCCUGCUGCGACACCCAGGAUGAGGGUGCAGUGUCGGACGAGCAGUCACCAGGGGGAGCCCUGUCUUCUCCGCUCCUCAGACCUAAGAGGGAGAGAAAGCAGAGGAGCUACACCUUGUGCGAGGUGUGCAACAUCCAGCUCAACUCAGCCGCGCAGGCCCAGAUCCACUACAACGGCAAGUCCCACCAGAAGAGGCUCAAGCAGAUCAGCAACGGCAAGAUGCCAAGCAACACAGAUUUUCCAGACCAUCUACCAUCAGGUACGUCAGCCCAGGGCAGCCCUCUUCUGGCUUCCCUCCCUGUCCCGGGACGGCCUCUGCAACCUCAGCUCGACCUCAAACACCUCCUGCCCUUCAGACUCAAUGGAUCCUCUCCCCUCAGCCUCUUUCCCAACUUCAACACGAUGGACCCCGUCCAGAAGGCGGUGAUCAACCACACGUUCGGCGUCCCUCAGCCCCUCAAGAAGAAACAGAUUAUCUCCUGCAACAUUUGCCACCUGCGCUUUAACUCAACGAACCAAGCGGAGGCGCACUACAAGGGCCACAAGCACGCCCGCAAGCUCAAAGCCAUGGAGGCCCAGAAGAACAGGCAGCGACGAGCCGGCGAAGCCUCGUCCGCGGGGAGGGAGAGGGACCGAGACAGAGAUCGCGAUCGGGAACGAGAUCGGGAACGGAACAAGACGUCCUCGUCCGAGGCGGCUCUCCCUGCACUCAUGGAUACAAACAUGGUGGAGGGAACAACUCUCCAGUCUGAUCUAGCACAAACCAACCUGGAGGCGAAGCUGGAGGACAGUCCCAGGAGCUCAGUCAUGCUGACACCGGUAUCUGAGGUUUCCUCGGUGGAGCUGGUCACCCUCUCCCCUCCUCAGAUUUCACCUUCCUCGCAGCUCUCAGAGACCGCCUCAGACACUAGCGCCCCCGAGGUCCCGGAGGCCGCCGACGCCGCAGAGGCGGCAGGCCCGACCGCCGAGACAGGCAGCCAUGCAGACGAGUCCAGCACAAAUGGGGAGCCGCGUACAGACGAUGAGAAGGACCCCAAGAAGAGCAAGGCUCACCUUCAUUGUCCUGUCUGUAAAGUCACCGUCAACUCCGUCUCUCAGCUGGAAGCACAUAACAGCGGUACAAAGCACAAACUGAUGCUGGAGGGUCACAGCGUUCUGCCUCGACGCAGGGGGAAAGUAGUGGCAACGCGCGCCGGCUGCAAGAGCAAGCGGCUGGGCAGCAAAGGCAGCGUCGGGGUGCCUAGCAAGAACUUUCAGUGUGAAGUGUGUGAGAUCUUUGUGAACUCUGAGACCCAGCUUAGCCAGCACAUGAACAGCAGACGGCACAAGGAUAGGCUGGCCGGAAAACCACCCAAACCCAAAUUUACCCCCCACAGCAAGAGCCAGCCAAGCUCCAGCUUAGCGAACGUGAGAUGGAGUGGCUAUGCAGGCGUGGCUGUGUCUGCCAUGAAGAAAGCGUUCAGCCAGUACAAUCUCACCUCCCUCUCCUCGCAGACCAAGCUGGCCUUGCAGAAGCAGCUGACCAAGAGCUUGACGACUGGCUUCCUGCCCAGCCCCCUCACCCAGCCAACCCUGUGCACAGUGGCAACUAACCCGCUGGCUCUGCGCCACCCAGUGGGCACCACCACCUUCAUCCAGACCCCCUUCCUGGGCCCUGCACUGUUUCGGCCUGCUCCGGGGCCACUGCGGGCCACACACACACCCAUCAUCUUCUCCCCCUACUAAAGACUUGACCCACUUCUCAUUUGAGCUCCACCCGUGUCCCUUUACCAAACCCCAGGCCCUCCUCCAGUGUGACCCACAUAACAAAGGCCACACGCAAACUAUGCAGCCCGCCUGACUAACGAUGGAAAGAGUGCACAAGUCCUGACGCUCAGUAGGCCGUUAGGCCUGAGAGCUGUUCCUAUCAUAAAGGCCAAGAUCUCCCAUCAUGCCUUCUUUCUGCUCCUCUUAUCAUGACCUAAGGAGGAGGACAGGCCUCCAGACAGUGACUGGUGCACAGAGGCCACUUCUAUAGCCAUUUCAUGGGUCAACGUGGUUUGGAUUCUGAUAUUAUUGUGUAAUUUAUUAGAGAACAAAUAUAGACAAGUCUAGAUGUAUGUUUAGUGUGGUUGCCACAAAAUAAGGUCCCUUUACUUGAUGCUCUUUUAAAAACAUUUUUAACUUAUUGGUUCAGGGGUUUUAUGAAAGGUGGGAAGAUCACAAUUCAUUAAAGCAGCUGAAGCCGAGUCAUCCUCCUGUAUGACUGGACCAGCCAGUGUCAACAAGCUGAGAGGAUCAUCUGAGGCCAGAUCCAUCUUGGAUAUGGCAAAUAUCAAACAACUGUCUGUCUGCACGAAUUUAAAACAUUUGAAGGAUACAUGUGGGUGGUACAUGAAGCUCUAACUACAUACUGAUUGUCCAUGUGUUUAAAUCCAUACAGCACCAUUUUGCACCUCCAGCCCUCUCCCAAACACAGUUUUCCCUGAGCCCUAAACUCGUAUAAUCAACACAUUUCUUUCGCUCUGAGUCAGAGCCACAGUCAGAGCCCUCCAGAUUUCUUUUCCUCCCCUGUAUCCCCAGGAUUAAGCACUCAUUAAGGUCCAGAAAAGGUCAGCUUGUCAACUUGACUUUGUUUCAAUUUGCAAAUCUGUCUUAGCAAUGUUUUUGGGUUUUUUUUGCUCCAGUGCAUCAUUCACGCAAAUGCAGCCCGAGCAUUAUGUUCUCACCAAGCUAGCAGCAUGAAAAUGUUCUUACAACUAUGGAUGCCAUCAUAAUCUUUCCCCCUCUUCUUUCCUCCCCUUCUCCCUUCACCACGCUGGCGUCAGCUCGCUGUUAUUCUUAAUUUUCCCUGCCGUUAUCUCUGCAUGAGAUAAUGAAGAAGAAGAGGGAAACCCCCCCCCCAUAACACAUGCGCACACAAUCACACAAAUAACGCCAACACGAUGGAUAACUUGAGGACGUGAUGGGAUUCAGAGCUCUGUGGAAAGUUUGGAUGACAGUGGGUGGGGGAGGCUGCUCAGCCAGUACUUGAUUGACAUCCUUUUUGCAGUGUCUGCACACAGCGUGGGAGGGAACAAAAGCACAGUGCCAUGGCAACCACAUUAAAAAGCACCUUAAUACUGAUUUACUUACAAAAGCAAUGAAAAUUGUGUUGAUAUUCUCCUCUUUUUUUUUUCUUUUUCCUUUUGCUCUAGGUGUAUGUUUUAACGAUCCCAUGUCGAUUUCAGUGAGAAUUUUUGCUCGUUUAAAAAAAAGAAAACCUAACAAAAAAAAAACACAAAACAAUCAGGUGAGAAUGAUCACGUCUCACAUUUUAAAAGCAAUACAUUCAGUAUGUUUAUGUUUAUGAUGUGUUUUCAGUGUGUCGAUGGCUUUAUCUUACUCUAUACUGUACACACGUGUAACAAUGUAUCAUGUGCUCCGACACAGCCAAGGGCCGACUCUGAGUUGCCAGCUCGGAGUCACUUGUGAAACGCGGGCUUGUCCUCGUGGUGCUGCCCUUGAUGCUCGACGCUCACGGUCAGUCUCCGCGUGCUGUGACUCUGGGCUAAGGCCGCGUUUUGUUUGUUUUUUUUUUUCAUUUAUAGCUGCUCUUGCGCUGCAGAAGAGGGGGGCUUCGGCACCGCGUCACAUUGCUGUUCUCGCUUUUUUCUUUUUCAUUUUUUUUUUUAAAAAGUGGAGCAGGAGAACUUUUGUACGACUUCCACUGAGCGAAACAACGUCACGUCAAGAGAUCUUUAGGGACUUAAAUGUCACAAGUGCAACGUCGACUGUCAUAUUGCUGUUCAUGCGCCCACCCGGGAUAUCUGCCGACGCCCUCCCUCUGCCCACACGGACUGUCGGCGAGGUGUCGUAAGGGACUCAGAGCGCCACGCAUCAUCCCUCCUUCGACAAAACAAACCGUGUUUCUCUUACAUUAGUCAUGGAGCGAGUCCUAUGCAUUUCUCAUUGUGCAAUAUGUAUAGUUGUCUGUGAUUCAGCAGUGCCAUCUGUUGUGAAAACCCUGUAAUUGCCAUCCAGUACUAGUGCUUCUACAAAACGAUCAUGUGUACAUUUUUCUGUUUGAGGACCCCCACCACCCAACCCCCACCCACCCAAGUCUCUCUGGGUAAGCGAAGCCACCGGGUCCCCCCAGCCGCCAUACCGAUGUGAUUCUCCCCAGUCGCACUUACUCAGUGAACCAGCCAGCCUUUAAUCUUCAC